CCCGCGCGAACCGGCCCCCGGACGGCGACGGCGCUCAGUAGCCGUCGGACAACGGUCGCGCCAACACUGACAGCUCCGGUCCACGAGAUGCCGUCACCGAACCGACUGAUUUUCUUGGCGUUCAUAACGUUAACGUUGGUCGUAUUCAUGGUCAGCGCGACGUUGACGCCCAGAGCGCCGAACUUCCAAUACUUUGAAAGGCCCAAGUACAGGUACCCGUAUUACGAUGAACAAGGGCGCGGUCGACUUUUGUACGGCUACGGUGGUCCGGACUUGUACCAGUACAAGUCGUACUCACCCUUGGAGGGCAUCCAUUGAUUACGACAACAACCGCCACACCAAAACUCCGUAACCGUCACCGAACCGCCUUGGCUCCGUGAUGGCGGUCUUUUCGUUUCUCCCGCCGUUCAGACGUAUCCCAGUAGUGUUUUCGACGGUUUUAACAUAACUAUUAUUACACUGUUUUAAAAUAUAUGUAUACCUAGACUAUGUAUAAAUACUAUAGUGCGAGUUUUCUUGA